UGUCCACAUGGGAGAAACCAGAGGGUUUUGUUUCAUCUUCAAAUGAGAAGGGUCAACGUGACAAGCGUUCUGAAGAGCGUGCAGAAACAGAUUCCAAAGCGUCUGAAUCAGACUCAGAAGAGAGUGAAAAUGAAGCUCAGAGUUUCAAGAGGAAAGGAGGUAAUGGUGAAGAAUCAGAGGAAGGGAAAAAAUCUCCCAGAGCUAAAAAGUUAAGUCCUUAUGGGAAAUGGAGAGAAGUGAAGCCAGCAGAAACUGUUGAUCAAGAGGAGAGUACAUCAGCUUCCCAAGAAACCUCUAGUGAUGCAUCUAACAAGACCAAGCCUUAUGGAAAAUGGAAAGCAAUUACAGAAAAAGUAGAAGAGGAAGAAGAAGAGGAACCAUGUGACAAAGUGGACCUAGAGCUUCCUAGUACAGAGAGUGACACUUUGCCAGCUCCAGUGCUAGAUGUUCCAGAGGAUACAACAAUGAUAUUUAAAGAGAAGACAGUCACCUCCCUUGGAGACCUGACAGAAGGGGUGCCAACAUUUAAAAAGAGGAAAUUUGAAAAUGGAAAGUCUAGAAACUUAAGGCAAAGACUAAGUGAUCAGUAA